AUGGCGCCAAAAGCGAAAGCUGUGAAGACAAAAUCAACGCCGGCGGCGGCCUUGGGUACACCGCCAGCGCCGUUCAAGAAACCAGCAGCUGUUCUCCGGCCCUUCAUCGAAAAUCUCUCCCAGAAUCACAUUUAUAUCACCCACAUUGACUCCAAGCCGAAGGAUUUCAAAAGGAAGAUUUUCCUCGUGCCGGUUGGUAUGAACAUCGUUGUCGCCGCGCUGUUCUUUUUGCGCAUGUACUACAUUCUGCCUUAUUACUUUAAGUUCGUUCAGUCUGCUUUUGGCUACCCAAAUGAGACGACCUUUUCUAUUCCCGAUUCGACCUGGUCUGCACUUCUUUGGGAGAUAGGCAAACGAGGUUUCUCGCUCAUGCUAGAUCUCAUGCUCUUCAUUUUUGUUUGGCCAUGGCCUGUGGAGUUUGUUUUCGGGCAGACAUACGGAAACCCAGUUAGUUGGCGAUGGAGUGUCGGCUUUCGCGACAAGGAGAUUUACGUCCGACGCAGCCGAGAAUGGGACCAACAACUAGGCGACAUCUUCAAGGAGAAGGAGAAGAAUCAGGCUCUGCAAUCACUCGUGCGACAGGCUACUUCACCGCUAUUCUUGCAAGAGAAGACGGGGUAUCUCACCAUGACAGGGCAGUGGGAUCUCGAUUGGGAUUGCAUGGUUCUCGCCCAUGCCUUGGUGGACAAGAAGGACAUUGCCUUGGACGCCUUCAAAUGCCUUGUCUUGGUGCACCACGAGGAUUACGGCUGGAUGUGUCUUGAUCAAGCGGGUGGGAAUGUCAAAGAAGACGACAGGCGGAGACAGGUGUUCGCGUUCAGGGAUGCGCUGUCUGCGAUUGGCAAGGAAGAUCUCUUCUUCCGCUGGAUCGAAAUUGUUCAGCUUGAGUCCUCGCAGCCUGGUGGUUUCGGACCUGAGAAACAGAUCGAGGUAGCCAAAAAGAUUCGAGAUCUCUUCCAGGAACAAGGCGUGGACUUCGACAAAUUGUGGCACGAUAGUGUUGGCACAGAUGAGCUUGCAGGCAUGUGA